GCUCACGCGCGCGCCGUGACGUCACGGCCGGGAGCUGUCCGCGCAGCUGGUGGUGCUGAAGCUGAACAAGAUGGCUGUGUGCUGAGCGCGGAGGAGGGAACGGUUCCGAAUCCCGCCCGACGCGCCGCCACACGCUCCGGAGGCUCUCCGAGCCGGAACACGCUCCGUUCGGGUCCCGGUCCCGCUCAGCAGCCGAACCUUCGGCCCCCUGAAUCCGAGCUCCCGCAGGAACGCUCCGGUACCGGACUCGGACCCGCAGCCGCGCUGGAGACAUGUCACUGCUGUGUGUGGGAGUGAAAAAAGCCAAACUGGAUGGUGUCCAAGAGAAGUUCAACACCUAUGUGACCCUGAAGGUGCAGAAUGUUAAGAGCACCACCAUCGCCGUGCGGGGCAGCCAGCCCAGCUGGGAGCAGGACUUCAUGUUUGAGAUAAACCGGCUGGAUCUGGGCCUCACCGUGGAGGUGUGGAACAAGGGGCUCAUCUGGGACACCAUGGUGGGAACCUUGUGGAUCCCCCUGCGCAGCAUCCGGCAGUCUAAUGAGGAGGGUCCGGGCCAGUGGUUGACCCUGGACUCCAACGCCAUCAUGUCUGAGAAUGAGAUCUGUGGAACCAAAGAUCCCACCUUCCACAGGCUGCUGCUCGACACGCGCUUCGAACUGCCCUUAGAUAUUCCUGAGGAGGAGGCCAGAUACUGGGCGAAGAAGCUGGAGCAGCUCAAUGCAAUGAGAGACCAGGAUUAUGCUUAUCAAGAGGAGCAGGAGAGACCACUUCAGGCUCCAUCCACACAGUGCUGUAACUGGAGCCUGUGGGGGGACCAGCAGAACGAGGAUCCGGACAGCGCCGUGGAUGACCGGGACAGCGACUACCGCAGUGAGACCAGUAACAGCAUGCCGCCCCCCUUCUACACCACCUCCCAGCCCAACGCCUCCAUGCACCAGUACCCCAUCAGGCAUCCGCACUACCGCCACUCCUACAGCGACGACGCCCACCUGCUGGACUACGACCACAGAAGCAUGAGACGCUAUGAUAGUUUAGAUUCUGCCACCAACGAGCGCAGUGAUCUCGACUCAGGCUCGGGGUCGAGCCGGCGCACCAGCCGUCAGUAUUCUCUAGACAGUAGGCACUCGCUGUCCGAUAGCCCCACAGACAGCCGGUACGCCUCGUCCGGCGAGCUGAGCCGCGGCAGCUCCCAGCUCAGCGAGGAGUUCCCGCCGGAGGACGGAGAGAGCCUCCGAGGGUCGGAGUUCUACGACGAGAACGACUCCUACCAUUCCUGCCACUCCUCCGUCAGCUACGGCAAAGAGGACUCCCCCGGCUGGGAGGGCGAGGACCAGCACGCCGUCUACAGCGACGAGGGAAGCUACACCAAAGACGGGGGCGAGGAGGGGGCGCUGUACGACGAUGAGGAGGGGAACAUGUACCUGGAUGAAGGCCAGUAUAACUAUGAAGAUGAGGAGGAGAUUCCCUAUGAGGAAGAUGAGCAUCUGUACCCUCCAGACGACCCGCAGAGCAAAGCCCAGGCUCCUCCCUUCUCCCCAAGCCCCGCCCCCUCCCUGAUGCCCCCUGAGGGCGUGUCCUCCAGCAGGCCCCCGCUGGAGAAGCAGACCUCUCUGCAUCAGCAGCAGCCGCUCCCGGAUCAGCUCCAGAACCCCCCAGCUCCAGAACUACCUGCCGCUUCGCAGGACCGCGUCCCCCCCACAGUCACUGCAGACUCCACCAAGCCCCCCCUCACAGCCCCUCAGCCAGAGCUGUGCGUGCCGGCCUCCUCCACUCCAUCCCAGGGGGGGCCAGCUCUGGACAGCAGGACUCUGGAAGCUGCACCCCCAGAGGCAGCUGAGGAGGAACCCAAAGACCUGCAGCCGCUUCCAGCAGCAGACGCCGCCCCGGCGGCGCCCGAGAGGACCGAGGAGCCCCCCGUCUCCAGCUUCCCAAAGAGGGAGCUCAUGGAGCCGGGUCCUGCCAGAGCCAAGGCCAACUGGCUCCGCCUCUUCAGCCGAGUCCGGCUGCAGCUCCAGGAGGCUCGCGGUGAGAGCGUCGGCAUCGCGUCUCUGCUGCUGUCAGCGGGCAUGGGGGGGGCGCUCUACAGCAUCGACAGCAUGCCCGACCUCCGCAAGAGGAAAGCCAUGCCUUUGGUCCGAGACCUGGCGAUGUCUUUGGUCCAGAACUCCAGGAAGGCAGGAAUCACUUCAGCGCUGACGUCCAGCACCCUCCACAACGAAGAACUGAAAAGUCACGUGUAUAAGAAGACCCUCCAGGCUCUCAUCUAUCCCAUCUCCUGCACCACGCCGCACAACUUCGAGGUGUGGACGGCCACCACACCCACGUACUGCUACGAAUGCGAGGGGCUGCUGUGGGGCAUCGCCCGCCAAGGCAUGCGCUGCACAGAGUGCGGCGUCAAAUGCCACGAGAAGUGCCAGGACCUGCUGAACGCCGACUGUCUGCAGAGAGCAGCAGAGAAGAGCUCCAAACACGGCGCAGAGGACCGAACGCAGAACAUCAUCAUGGUUCUAAAGGACCGCAUGAAGAUCCGGGAGAGGAACAAGCCUGAGAUCUUUGAGCUCAUUCAGGAGGUUUUCACCGUCCCCAAGUCCACCCACGUCACGCAGAUGAAGCAGAUCAAGCAGAGCGUGCUGGAUGGAACUUCCAAGUGGUCUGCCAAGAUCAGCAUCACAGUGCUAUGUGCUCAGGGCCUCCAGGCAAAGGAUAAAACGGGAUCCAGUGAUCCGUACGUUACGGUCCAGGUGGGAAAAACAAAGAAAAGGACCAAGACCAUCUACGGGAACCUGAACCCGGUUUGGGAGGAAACUUUUAACUUCGAAUGUCACAACUCCUCUGACCGCAUCAAAGUCCGAGUGUGGGAUGAAGACGAUGAUAUCAAGUCUCGUGUGAAGCAGAAGUUCAAGCGGGAGUCGGACGACUUCCUGGGUCAAACCAUCAUCGAAGUCCGAACGCUGAGCGGAGAGAUGGACGUCUGGUACAACCUGGACAAACGCACAGACAAGUCGGCCGUUUCCGGAGCCAUCCGCAUGCACAUCAGUGUUGAGAUCAAAGGAGAGGAGACCGUGGCUCCGUAUCAUGUUCAGUACACAUGUCUGCAUGAGAACCUCUUCCACUAUGUGACGGACAUUCAGAACAACGGCGUGGUGAAGAUCCCCGACGCCAAAGGGGACGACGCGUGGAAGGUGUACUUCGAGGAGACCCCCCAGGAGAUCGUGGAUGAGUUUGCGAUGCGCUACGGGGUGGAGUCCAUCUACCAGGCCAUGACCCACUUCGCCUGCCUGUCAUCCAAGUACAUGUGCCCCGGCGUGCCCGCCGUCAUGAGCACCCUGCUGGCCAACAUCAAUGCUUACUACGCCCACACCACCCAGGCCACCAACAACGUGUCAGCGUCUGACCGCUUCGCCGCCUCCAACUUCGGGAAAGAACGCUUCGUCAAACUCCUGGAUCAGCUCCACAACUCCCUGAGGAUCGACCUGUCCAUGUACCGGAACAAUUUUCCAGCCAGCAGUCCUGAAAGGCUGCAGGACCUCAAGUCCACCGUGGACCUCCUCACCAGCAUCACUUUCUUCAGGAUGAAGGUCCAGGAGCUCCAGUCUCCACCCAGAGCCAGCCAGGUGGUGAAGGAUUGUGUGAAGGCGUGUCUGAACUCCACCUACGAGUACAUCUUCAACAACUGCCACGAGCUCUACAGCCGAGAGUACCAGACGGACCCGGCUAAGCAGGGAGCGGUUCCUCCAGAGGAGCAGGGCCCCAGCAUCAAGAACCUGGACUUCUGGUCCAAACUCAUCACUCUAAUAGUUUCCAUCAUAGAGGAGGACAAGAACUCCUACACUCCCUGUCUAAACCAGUUUCCGCAGGAGCUCAACGUUGGUAAAAUCAGUGCAGAAGUGAUGUGGAACCUUUUUGCUCAGGACAUGAAAUACGCCAUGGAGGAACACGAGAAGAACCGCCUGUGCAAGAGUGCAGACUACAUGAACCUGCACUUCAAGGUCAAGUGGCUCUACAACGAGUACUGCAAGGACCUGCCCUUCUUCAAGAGCCGAGUGCCCGAGUAUCCGGCGUGGUUCGAACCCUUCGUCAUCCAGUGGCUGGACGAGAACGAGGAAGUGUCCAGAGAUUUUCUGCACGGCGCUCUGGAGAGAGACAAAAAGGACGGGUUCCAGGUGACGUCGGAGCACGCCCUCUUCUCCUGCUCGGUGGUGGACGUCUUUUCCCAGCUCAACCAGAGCUUCGAGAUCAUCAGGAAGCUGGAGUGUCCCGACCCGCAGAUCGUGGGUCACUACAUGAAGCGCUUUGCUAAGACCAUCAGCAACGUCCUCCUGUCUUACGCCGACAUCAUUUCCAAACUCUUCGCCAACUACGUCACCAUGGAGAAAGUGCCCUGCAUCCUGAUCAACAACAUCCAGCAGCUCCGAGUUCAGCUGGAGAAGAUGUUUGAAGCCAUGGGGGGAAAAGACCUGUGCGUGGAGGCCAGCGACAUCCUGAAAGACCUGCAGGUCAAACUCAACAACGUGAUGGACGAUCUGAGCCGCGUCUUCGCCGUCAGCUUCCAGCCGCACAUCGAGGAGAACGUCAAGCAGAUGGGAGACAUCCUGGCUCAGGUGAAGGGAACCUCGAACGUGGGGAACGCCAGCAGUGUGGCGCAAGACGCCGACAACGUCCUGCAGCCCAUCAUGGAGUUCCUGGACAGCAACCUGACUCUGUUCGCUAAGAUCUGUGAGAAGACGGUGCUGAAGCGCGUGCUGAAGGAGCUGUGGAAGCUGGUGAUGAACACCAUGGAGAAGACCAUCGUGCUGCCGCCGCUCACGGACCAAACG